AUGGCCUUCAGCAAGUGGAGGGGCAAGGUGUCGGAGCGGCCCAUCGUGGUCGAUGCCGUCGCGACCGGCACCGACGCCCAGGGCCUCGAGACCGUCAACCCCGAGGCUGAGCUCAAGAAGUUCAAGAAGAUUCACAAGUGGGAUCCGUUCUUGGACAUUGAGACGCUCGACACCGCAGAGAACGCUCUCAACUCUGGCGACUACGAGAAGGAGGCUGCCGUCGAGGCUGCUCUCCACGAGGACUCUCCUUACCCCGAGGUCAGGGCUUCGGUUCCCCCAUUUGAUGACGAUGAUAUGCCCAUCAACACUCUUCGUGCCUGGUUCCUCGGUGGCCUCAUGUGUACCAUCAUCGCCGCCUGUAAUAUCCUCCUCGGUCUCCGUCGGUCACCCAUCACUAUCACCUCCACCGUUGUGCAAUUGGUGUCUUACCCCAUGGGAUGCGGGUUGGCCAAGUUCGUCCCCGAGGCCAUGGGUCUCGGUAUUGCAGGUGUCUUGCGUCGCUACCUCGUCUGGCCUGCUGCCAUGGUUUGGCCUGCGACCUUGAUCACCACAACUGUCAUGUACUCGCUUCACGACCACUCGUCUUCGGACCCAGCCCUUACCAACGGCUGGAGGAUCGGCCGCUACAAGUUCUUCAUCAUUGUUGCUGCCGCUACUUUCGUCUACGAGUGGAUUCCUGAGGUGUUUGCCCAGUUUCUCCAAAUCUUUACCUUCGUAUGCUGGAUUGCCCCCAACAACGUCGUCGUCAACCAGAUCUUCGGCGGCCAGACUGGUCUUGGUCUCAUCCCCAUCUCGUUCGAUUGGAGCAUCAUUUCCGGUUACUUGUACUCUCCUCUUCAAACCCCUGCGUUCGCCAUCGCCAAUGUCGGUGUCGGAAUCCUUAUCAUGCUUCUUGGCUGUGUUGGUCUUGCUUGGGGUGGACCCGAGUUCUACCGUUACUUGCCCAUCAGCGCGAACCAGAACUUCGACCAUUUCGCAAACAAGUACAACACCAGCCGCAUCCUGACUCCUGAGUUCACCUUCAACGAGACUGCUUACAAGGAGUACUCCCCUCUCAUCCUGGGCCCUGCGUUUUCGCUGAGUUACGGCAUGGGCUUCGCUGGUCUCAUCAGCACACUGGUUCACGUUGCUCUUUUCUACGGCCAAGACAUUAUCGACCGUACUCGCUCAGCUACCACUGAGGAGGCUGACGUCCACCUGAAGCUGAUGCGCAAGUACAAGGAGGCUCCUGAGUGGUGGUUCAUGAUCAUGUUCGGCAUCAGCUUCGCCUUCGGCAUCAUUGCUUCUCAAGUCUGGGACACUCAUCUGGAAUGGUGGGCCUACAUCAUCUGCAUCCUCAUCGGUGCCUUCUUCAUCCUGCCUGUCGGUAUUAUCCAGGCCGUCACGAACCAGCAAACCGGUCUCAACGUCGUCACCGAGAUGAUUGUCGGCUACAUGACCCCGGGUCGCCCCGUCGCCAUGAUGCUGUUCAAGUCUUGGGGUUACAUGCUUUGCUACAACGGCUUGCAGUAUGUGUCAGACAUGAAGGUUGGCCAUUACAUGAAGAUUCCUCCCCGCACCAUGUUCGCUGCCCAGACCUUUGCUGUUGUUUGGCUGUCCUUGGUGCAACUCGCUACCUACAACUUCCUCCGUGGCAACAUUGACGGCAUUUGCACUACCACCCAGGCUCAGGGUAUUACCUGCCCCCAGGCCCGUACUUUCUACAACGCCAGUGUUAUCUGGGGUGUCAUCGGUCCUGCUCGGAUGUUUGGUGCUGGCCAGCUUUACUCUUGGGUCAACUACUUCUGGCUCAUUGGUGCCGCCUGCCCCGUCAUCCAGUACUUCCUCGCCCGCCGCUACCCCCGCAGCAUUCUCCGCUACAUCUUCUUCCCCGCCAUCUUCGGUGCUGCUGGUAUGAUCCCUCCCGCGACCAUCUGGUGGCUGGGACAGUGGGUUAUUGUCGGUCUCAUUUUCAACUGGUGGCUCCGUGCCCGCUACCUUGGCUGGUGGACUCGCUACAACUACGUCCUGUCUGGUGCCCUCGAUAUCGGUACCGCUCUUUGCAUUGUUGUUUCUGGUCUCGGGUUGGGUUUGUCCAACACAAACUUCCCCGACUGGUGGGGCAACACGGUGCCUUACGCCAACCUGGACUCUGACGGCGCUGCCGUCUCAAAGAUUCUCCCCGACGAUGGGUCUUUCAUCGGACCGACCCACUGGUAA